AUGGCAAUAUACACUGGUAUUUUACUAUUGAGCUUCGUUGCUAAAAUUUGGGGGCUGAACAUCCUCUUUGACGGUGGCACCAUUAUCGGCUUCGACGAUGGUACGCAAUCACUGAAUGUUUUUCGACAUACGUCACUCCUGGUCGAAGGUGACACAAUCUCAGCCAUUUUCCCGUCGGGUAUCGAUUAUACCUUGCCACAAGAAAUAGAAAUAGUUCCUUGCACAGGAAAAAUACUGUCGCCAGGUUUCAUCGACACCCACCGACAUUUGUGGCAAACAGCAUACAGGACCAUUGCAUCAAAUAUCACCCUAGCAAGCUAUGAGGCCACCUUAUCCCCGUUUGUUAGUCACAUUGUUGAUCGUUUCUCGGCCGAUGAUAUAUACUACGGGCAAAUGUUUGGGAUCAGGGAGUCAUUGAAUGCUGGUGUCACUACGAUUGUGGAUCAUGCUCAUGCUACAUUUACCCCAGAAACAGCCGCCUCCAGCUUACAAGCGUCGAUUGAUACUGGUGCAAGGACAUACUGGUGCUUUCAGGUUCACACCCCCUUGAACAAUUUUACGCUAGAUAGUCAGGGGGACAAUAUUCGGACACUCGGUGCAUCGAUCGACUGGAGGUCUACUCCGGUAGAAUUGGGAGUCUCGUUCGAUGAGUUCUCAACUGUUACGAAGCAAGUGAUUGAUACUGUUCGCAGAAACAUGUUGGACCUUAACAUCUCGCUCCUCUCGACCCAUUACCUCGGUGGUCAUUGGAGAGCCUUAAACAGCCCGACUCUCCUCCACAAUUUUGGUCUUCUCAACCACACCUUCCCAGUUAUUUUUGCUCACGGGACUUUCAUCACUCCUGAUGAUUAUGAGCUCCUGAGAGAAUAUAACCACUAUGUUGCAAUUGCUGCGGAGUCCGAGAUGCAUUUUGGACAUGACUAUCCUUACGCCCACAAGAUAAUGGAUCGUGCCGCCCUUGCUGUCCAUGCUCAUUUUACUUUCAGUGCCGAUAUAGUCACUCAAGCGCGUAUCUGGCUUCAGUCCGUUCGGCGCCUGCUCUUCAGCAAAGCUGUCACCGAUUGGAAGAUUCCAAGGAACAACGCCAUGUCGGUGAACCAGGCGUUCCUCCUAGCAACAAGAAACGGUGCACAAGCACUUCACCGCUCAGAUAUCGGAGUUCUAAAAGUUGGAGCGAAGGCCGAUAUUGUGGUUUUUGACGGGAAUGCAAUAAACCUCAUCGGCUGGCGUGAUCCAGUAGCCGCGAUUGUCCUUCACUCCAACCCCGGGAAUGUCGAACAUGUCCUCGUUGAUGGUCAGUUUCGCAAGCGUGAUUUUACGCUGGUCGCUCCUCCAGAGGUGUCAAGAAAUCUGGAUGACGCGACUGAACGUUUCCUGAAUAGUGCAGACCGUCUCCAGUCGCAGUUUGUGGCAGAUGGAGAGGCUCACCUUGAGGGUGAAUAUAGGAAAGCGGUGAAUUAUGUGACGCUGGAGCAAGUGGAUGUUUUGGGUGGUGAUGCAAAUGGAUACUAGUCCGCAAUCGGCUUCACGAGUGCUCUAUGGGCAAUCGGCAGGAGAGAGCGUAAAAGAAUUGGCUAUAGGGAUGUUUCUGUAAGCCCGAGCUAUCGCCAGGUAAUCAUCGGUUUAGGCAGCGGAAAGCCACUACGUCCAAGCAGGGUCGAAUCCUCGAAAUAUUUAAAGAUGU